ACUGAUUAUGAUCGUCAUCAUGGUGGCUGGUGACAAUGGUGGCAUCACAAUUUGAAUAAUUUUUAAAAAAUUGGCACCGGCUAAUUAGUAAUUACCAACUUAGUCUGUAUGUGGUAAUUGUUUGAAAUUGAUGCUUUAUAUUUCAACAAUUCAGAUCACCAAAUAUUAGACAUGUUUAAAAAAUUCGAUGAGAAAGAAAGUAUUUCGACAGUUCAACAGUUGAAGUCCUCAGUUCAGAAAGGAAUCCGGACCAAACUAGUGGAAUUAUAUCCCGUUUUAGAAGGACAUGUCGAUGUUAUAUUGCCAAAAAAAGAAAACUUUAGAAUUAUUAAAUGCCAUGAGCAUAUAGAAAUAUUAGUGAGUAGCUCGGGAGAACAACUGUUUUUCCGUCAAAGAGAAGGUCCGUGGCUGCCCAGUUUGAAACUGCUGCAUAAAUAUCCAUUUUUUUUACCUCAAGAACAAGUUGAUAAAGGUGCUAUCAAAUUCGUUUUAAGUGGAGCAAAUAUCAUGUGUCCUGGUUUGACCUCUCCUGGAGCGGUUAUUACCUCAGUUCCGAAAGGAACAACCGUUGCAGUAAUGGCAGAAGGAAAACAGCAUGCUCUUGCUGUUGGUAUCACGUCACUAUCAACAGAUGAUAUAGUCAAAGUAAAUAAAGGAAUAGGAAUUGAGAACUGCCAUUAUUUGAAUGACGGUUUAUGGCAAAUGAAGCCCAUUAAAUAGUCAUUUGUACAGUCGCCUAAACUGGGAACCGUUUUCAUUCAUCCAUAGGUUCGUGAUAAUUCCAAAAUCGUUGAUCAGCUGCAAUUACCGUACCAUUUUUUCAGCAAGAAAUUAUUUAUCUGAAUGUAUGCAUGGUUCAUCUGAACAAUAAUUUAAACACUUUUGUAUUUUGAUUAUAUGGAUAUAGUUUCAUUUUCUAA